AUGGACACUGAGGAUGGCCACCAAUUCAUAAAGCAACUCGCCUACUUUGUACGGACACAUGAAAAGGCCCUGGCCAACGCGCUGCAAUUGCAGAGGCGCGGAUCCCAAAAUGUCACCUCCCCUAUCGCCUCUACGGCCAUGAGCCCGCCCGCCGCUCCUUCUGCCUCGUCGUCGACCUCUUCGGCCAGCACCUUUGCUGCCGCUCUGUCGCUCCCUUAUCUCAGCUUCACCUCGCAGACCGUCAAGCCCGUCAAGUUGACCUUGACCCCUCACCAUCUCUUCUACCUGCUGUCCCGCUUCGACGAACUGGGUAUCAAUGUUGGCCCCAUGACUAUCCGCCUCGAAAACAUCCACAAUGACGUCGCCCCUGGAAACUACGUCUCCUUCCUCUCGGCUCCAAAGUCGCGCGGCCGCUCAGAUGCCGACUCGGUUCGAUCAUCCUCCAGUGUCCGCAGUGUCAUGUCCACCAUGUCGAGUAUGUGGUCACACUUCAACCUCAGCGGGCAGUCGAACAAGGAGGAGAAGCAAAAGGCUGCCGAGAUGGAAGAUCUGAAAUACUUGUACUCGGCCUUCACAAAGAUACCCUGUCUGCGUCUGUCCCCAGACCAUCGCUCCAAAUUGAUCGCUGGCUACGAGGAGUUCCCCUUUGACACGGCAGUCCCACUGUUCGCUUUCAAGAAUGUCAGUGCCCUGGAAAUCUGUGAUGUAGACUUCCGACAGCUCUUUGGCUGGGACCGUAUGGCUGAGCAGCUACGAAGUCUUACCGUUAAGCGCGCCAGCAUCGACGAUCUGGCUGACCUCACCAUCAACAUCGUCCUGGAUGACAUGGACAAGCGCCGUCGCAGAUCGUCCAAAGCACCUAUACCCUCCUCCCCGGCUGUAGCAUGGCCUGCGCCAAGUCCCAGCGUUAGAACUGCAGCUGAACUGGCAUCUGCUUCAGUGCCCAAUUCACCGAUGGCAAAUGCCAGACGAUCGUCCAUUGGUAGCCCUCAACUUUCGACCGUGAACAUGACACGGACUGCAUCUUCUGAUGGCAAAAAGACCCCCCGCUUGAGGCAGAGAAGCAUUUCACCGUCAAGGCCCUCCAGCUCACGACACAAUUCAUCCUACGGUCAUGGACAUCAACCACGUAGCAACACACCCAAGUUUAGACGCGAGUCGGGCAGCUCGGGCUCAAGCAUUCAUUCUAGUACACCGCGGAAUAGUACUUCCAAUCUCCUCGCACUGGGCAUUGUCCCUGCAUCCAAGUGGCGCUUUCUGCGUCACCUCAGUCUUUCUGACAACAGCUUGACAUUCGUUACAGCUCACAGCCUUGCCCCACUAGCACAAACAUUGCAUUCGCUCGACCUGUCAUCAAAUCUUCUCACCGAAAUCCCCGAAAGUCUUGCUUCAUUAACCAAUUUGAGAGCACUCAACCUCUCCAACUGCAUGAUUGACAGCUUACACUCUCUGCUCCGUAAUCCACUCCCCGCCAUUACCACACUCAACCUCAGAUCCAAUCGCCUCACCUCCCUUGCCGGGAUCGAACGCUUGUUUUCUCUUGAGCGUGUUGACCUGCGCGACAAUAAAUUGACGGACCCUACAGAGCUUGCGAGGCUCACGAGAAUGCCCGAGAUGCAAGAUAUUUAUGUUGCAAAGAAUCCGUUUAUCCGAACGCAUUCGAACUACAGAGUCACUAUAUUCAAUCUCUUCCGGGCAACACCAGGCUACACCGAAGACGUCAAGAUUGAUUCUACCGCUCCGUCGUACAGCGAGCGUAGGCAAUUGGUGGACCGUGCCCCAGAACCGCCGUCGGCACCGACUCCACUUCCAGUGCCUGAGGACGAGCGCUCGGACGAUGCAUUGAAUAUGCCCGACCUAGGUGAACGAUCACGACAGGCCGCGGCGGAACACACUCAAGGGUCGACAAGGUCAAUUAGUGACUACUCUACAGCGUCACAGAGAAGAAAGAAGGGCACCCGCAGGAGGAUCGUUGAGCUAUCACACGAGAUGGGUUCCGAGCAAUCUACGCAGAAUGAUGGACCGCCCUCACCUCGCACAGCUGUCAAAGCUACAGUCUCGGCAGAGGAGCAGCGAUUUGUACGGGCCACAUCGUCGCCGCCUCGCUUACCACCACUGGACACUGGAGCUUCGAGCAUGUCAAUAGAAGGACUUGCAGUACCGACUGAAGACGACGAAGAGAUUGGCGUGAACAGUGAAGUCUAUCGACAAAAGAUCGAGACGUUAAAAACUGACCUCGGCAAUGGUUGGCUAACGGCAUUGGGCGAAGAGAUGAGGAAUGGCACAGAAAGAGAGUAUAGUGGCAGACCUUCAAUCGGAGGGCAGCGAACAGACAGUCGAGAAGUGACUGUUGGAGGUAGAAGAUUGGGUUAA